AUGGAGCUGAAUGAGUUUGGAUCCACCACUUGUCUCCUUAGAUCUUACGACAAAAGUGGCGCACAUAACGAAGGUUUUUCGUCGGGAUAUGAUUCGAAUUCAGAAAUAGAUAUCCAAAUUAACACAACGAAAAGUCCGGACGACUCUCUUCGUUGGGCUUGGCGAGGAAUAAGCGAUGAUGAUGACUCGGAUAGUGAAAUCAGUGACACAGACUCCUGCAUCAGCGAAUCAGAAAGUGAGGAUGAAUCAUGCGGACGAAAAGGGGCGGGGUUUACCAAAGAGGCGUGGUCUGAAGACGAAUCAUCCGAUUCUGAGGAUGAGGAUUCCAUGAAAUUCGUUAACACUGAGACAGUGAGAGAGGCUAUGAACCACGUGAUUACCAUGCCUGACCUCUGUGACGUCAUUUUCUUAGUGGGCCCAAGCCUUACACCUAUCCAUGGCUUGAAAUCGAUAAUGUCCACGCGGAGCAGGAUAUUCUAUCAGCUGAUUUUCAAGGCUACAAAAGAAGCAGCUGGUGUAGCUUCAAAGAAGAAAAAGUCAAAGAAAAUUAAACCCGUAGAAAACCAAAAACCAGUGGUCAACAUCCCUGACGUCAGUGUGGGCAUCUUUAAGAGGCUGGUAGCGUACAUUCACACCGGAAGUGUCGACAUCAAGCCACAGGAAGUAACAGAGUUGACCUGUGCCGCCCAUCGCUUUGACUUGCCAGAUUUAGUAGAAUUAUGUAUAGAUUUUCUGGAAACUUGUACAACUACAACUUCCAUUUACACCGUCCUUGACACAGCCAAAAGAAUUCAAGGUCACAGCAUUGCACUCAAGAUCGUCGCUAAGAUGACUGAACGCUUGAAUAAACUGGAGACAAAGAAAACUCUACGACUCAAGAAAGACGUGUUUCAGUGAAUAUUCAUGACAAGACGCUUGUGACUUAUUGGGAACGGAGGCCAGACGUCAUAGAAAGAUGAACGUAAGAGCCGAAUGAACGUCUCGUGGCUUCCUGAUGAAUACAUAGUGCUAUUUAAAAAAGACCAAGAAAUAUUCUUGAAGGGCCACAAUUGUCAUAAUAGUGCCAAACAUGUUAUGCUGUAUUAUUACUAAAAUACUAGUAGUAAAUACAGAUUGUAUUUCUUUAUUGUUAUUUUUAGAUGUUAAUAAAAUUUAAGAAAUUUUAA